UCGAACGGCAGGGGCAGUCGGUGUGUGCUAGCACGUGCAGUAGGCUUUUUAGCCGCUGUGCCUCCAUCCAAGCUUCACGCCCCGGCACCAACGGCGAAGAUAUUCUUUCGCGCCGACUACGCACAUACCAGAGUAUUGCUUCGCUCCGGCAGCGGGAUGACAAUUUUCAUUAUUUCAUGAGAACGUCUCCAAAGAAUUUCAGAAAUGUCGAAACAUCGCCCUGUCAAGGAUAAUAACAGUGAACAUGUUGCAUGUUUGCUGCAGACUGUCAUCGAGUAGGAGCCCCACUUACAGGUGGUGAACUCAAAGUACUAUGGUAAAACUAAAUAACCCACUAUGGAUUACAUCCGUGAAUUUGACAUACGUUUGGACCGAGAAAUGUACUAUGCCGGUGAAAGCCUGGCAGGACAUGUUGUACUUGAUACAAUAGAGAAUUUCAAACUAAGGGCUGUUCGUGUUGUCCUAAGAGGAAAAGCACAUGCUGAGUGGAAAGUAGUUGUCAGUGGUGACAGACGCACAGUUAAGGAUGAUCAGUAUUUUCUUGAUGAUCGUGCAAUUAUAUGGGGCAAAGAUAAACCAGAAGGAAAUGUCCCAAUAUUGCCAAGGGGUGUACACCAGUUCCCCUUCAGAUUCCAGCUUCCAGAAAGUUCUCUUCCAUGUUCAUUUGAAAGCAAACCUGGCUUUAUUCGAUACUACAUAAAGGUUACUGUUGACAUUCCAUAUGCCUCUCCACCACAAGGAAUGAAAUAUUUUACUGUAAUAGGACCUCACAUUGACUGCAUGGAUGAGCAAUACCUGAAACCAAUGAUAGGACAAGACAAACGGACCAAAUGCUGCCUGUGCUGUGAAAAGGGACCAGUUGUAUUAAGGACUCAACUUGAGCGUUCAGCAUAUGUGUGUGGUGAAUCAAUUAAACUGAGAGCAAACAUUGACAACCAAGGAGAAGAAAUUGUCCGACUUAAAGUGAAAGUCAUACAAUAUGUGGAGUAUUUCAUAGACCGUGGAGUGUUAGGUGUCAAUAAGGAAGUUCAGCAUCUAGUUCUGGAGUACAGAGGUGACCCAGUCCAUCCAAACACUCGAUCCAAGUGGGAUUCCGCACAAAGCCUUGUAGUUCCUGUUAUGCCUCCUUCAUUAGUUGGCGUAUGCAGACUGCUUCAGAUAUACUAUGUCCUGAAGGUCAGCCUAGAAUUUGAAAAAUCUGGAGAUGAUUUGCAAAUGCACUUUCCAAUUACUAUUGCGACUGUGCCAUUUCGUAUUCCGAACUCAAACCAGCAGCCUAAAAUUCAAUAUGAAGUCGCAUGUGAACAUGUUGAGGGUGGUCUGUAUAUUGGCCCAGAGUUCCUGCUGGGGCAGGUCUAUGAUGGCAGCAAUGCACAUGAAGCUCGUGAAACAGUUGUCCUGUACAGGCCUGUGUAUGUGACAGUUGUCCGAAAUGAUGGCAUUAAACCUAAUGCCACAACUACUUAAAGAAGCUGUCAACCAUUACUCUGCAGUGUGUGUCACACCCUGUGUAUUUGUUACCUGAUUAAAAUUUUUAAAAAAUCUUUUAGUAUGUGACAUAAUAGUAAUUUGUCUCAUGCUGUCAUACAAACUGUUAAUUAAUUUAAAAACAAAGUUUCAUGUGUCUAUGAUCACUAAACUUUUAUUCCUGAAAACUGAGGUGAGUGCUCAGUUAUGAGAUUAUUUUUAUUGUACAAAAUAUUUUUAAGCAAACCUCUUUUCACAAUGAAUCUUGACAGUUCACAAUUAAGAUUUUUCAGAACUGAUGACUAUUUAAAGUUGCACGAAAAUUACUAUCAUAUAUGAAUCAGUCAUGUAUUUUUCAUUGAAAUAGUCUCAAAUUAACACUUCUGCAGUUUACAGAACGUCUUGACUAUGGGAUUAGCAUAUAUCUAGCAACCGAAAGUUGACAGUUUCCUGUUUGUCUUGCUGUGAACAUGAGGAACUUAUCAUUUCAAACUGUGGAUUUUUCUGAAUCACGCACAAAUUGUCUGCAGUUACCUCAAUGUAGUUAAGGAGCACUACUUACAUAGAGAGAAUAAACAUGUUUCAUUGAUUGGCAACUCCAUGGAGUGCUGUGUGCGCAAUGACCAUGUAUGUUAAAUUAAAAGAAAGGUCAGCGUUGGUGAUAAUAUUGAUGCUUAAUUAAUAGCAGAAUUGAUUUUCGAUCACAUAGUGAUCAUCUUCGGUGCUGUACACAUUAAACUCAGACACUGGUAUCAAGUUAUCAAUAACCAAAACUG